AUGGCGAUGAUGUGCAGGAUGAAGAGGAUGAUGAACAGCAUUCACUACAACCUCACAACCAAGAUGCAAAAACUUAAAACGUCUAAGCCUGUAGUUAAAACAGUAAAGAAAUGGACCAGAGAGGCUAAACUAGAACUACAGGACUGUUUUGAACACACGGAUUGGUCUGUUUUUGAAACUGCAGCUGCAAACCUGGAUGAACUGACGGACACUGUAACAUCUUACAUCAGUUUCUGUGAAGAGGUGUGUGUGCAAACUAAAACCUUCUGCACAUACAGCAACAACAAACCAUGGUUUACACCCAAACUCAAACAACUGCGUCGGGUCAAGGCGGACGCCUACAGGAGUGGAGAUAGGGCCCUGUACAACAAGGCAAGAAACACACUAACCAGGGAGAUCAGUAUGGCUAAAAGAAACUACACUGAAAAGCUGAAAAAACGUUUUUCAGCCAACGACCCUGCUACAGUGUGGAGAGGCCUUGGAGAAAUCACAAGUUACAGGAAACCUCCCCCACCCAUAGAUGCAAAUAAAGACCUUGCAGACGACCUCAACGACUACUUUUGUAGGUUUGAAAGUGACCACUUCACACCCAUCAAUCUACCCACCUCAUCUGCAUCUGUUAUUUCAUCUCUAACACCACCACCACCUUCCCCCCCAGUCACCCAGGCUACACUUGAGAUAGGUGUGAAAGAUGUCAGCCAGCUCUUCCGGAGACAAAAGACCAGGAAAUCGUCAGGCCCGGACAACAUCUCUCCCUCCUGUCUCAAAGCCUGCGCUGACCAACUGGCUCCAAUUUUUACACGUAUCUUAAACAGAUCCCUGGAACUGUCUGUUGUUCCCUCCUGUUUCAAACGCUCCACCAUCAUCCCGAUCCCCAAGAAACCCUCCAUAACUGGACUGAAUGACUACAGACCGGUAGCAUUGACAUCAGUAGUCAUGAAGUCAUUUGAACGAUUGGUGCUAGCCCAUCUGAAGGAAACCACUGGACACCUACUGGACCCACUGCAGUUUGCAUAUAGGGCUAACAGGUCAGUGGAUGAUGCAAUCAACAUGGGCCUUCACUACGUUCUGAAACACCUCGACUGCCCAGGGACUUAUGUAAGGAUCCUGUUUGUGGACUUCAGCUCGGCUUUCAACACUGUCAACCCUGGAAUUCUCUCCUACAAACUCUCUCAGCUCACUGUGCCCCCUGCCAUGUGUCAAUGGAUUACCAGCUUCCUGACAGGCAGAACACAGCAGGUGAAGCUAGGAGAAGUCACUUCUCACACUCGGACAGUCAGUACUGGUACUCCUCAGGGAAGUGUUAUCUCACCACUGCUCUUUUCACUCUACACCAAUGACUGCAUCUCCAGUGACCCAUCUGUGAAACUCUUGAAGUUUGCAGAUGAUACUACAAUCAUUGGUCUGAUUCGCGACGGAGAUGAAUCUGCUUACCGGCGAGAGGUCGACCAGCUGGUGCACUGGUGCAGUAUGAACAACCUGGAGCUUAACACGCUCAAGACUGUAGAGAUGACAGUGGACUUCAGAAAACACUCACCAGCACGGCUCCCACUCACAAUCUUAGGCAGUCCUGUUUCAACUGUGGAGUCCUUCAAGUUUUUGGGCACUAUCAUUUCCCAGGACCUGAAAUGGCGCUUCUGCUCUCAAGUUGGCGCCCCCAAUGGCGCUUCUGCUCUCAAGUCAGCACCUCCAGAGGGUGCUUCUGAACUCACGUUGGUGCCCUCCGACGGCACUUUUGAGCUCUCGUCGGCACCCCUAGAUGGUGCUCCUGGAUCCUUGUCAGCACCCCCCGACGGCACUUCUGAACUCUCGUUAGCACCCCUAGAUGGUGCUCCUGGCUCUUCGUCAGCGUCCCACAACGGCACUUCUGUUCCCUUGUUGGCGCCCCAAGAUGGUGCUUUUGAACUUUCGUUGAUGGCGCUUUUGAACUCUCGUUGGUGCCCUCCGACGGCACUUCUGAACUCAUUAGCACCCCUAGAUGGUGCUCCUGGCUCCUCGUCAGCGUCUCACAAUGGCACUUCUGUUCCCUUGUUGGCGUCCCAAGAUGGCGCUUCUGGACUCUCGUUGGUGCCCCCCAACGGCACAUCUGGAUUUCCGUCGGCAGUCCACUGGGCAUCUAUGGACAAGUCUAACCAUAAACCAAUGGCCAAGAGGCAACUAUCAGACAACAUUAAAGCCUGCACUACCAGACCCAUGACUACGAUGAAUAAGAAAGAACAAGCUAAAGAGAAGGGGCAGUCUAGCUCUGCCCAAAAUAUCCUGGAUGGGCUUGGCUCUAGAAGAAAACUGCAAAAGGAGCUGAUUGGCAACAUAGAGGAUUUUCACAGGCUGGACACACAUGCUAUUACUGCUGGUAAAGAGCUUAAGAGUAAGAAGAUCUUCUCAGUAAAGACUAUUGCACAGGCCAUCACAAAGGGGGCGUCCACUGAUUUAGAAAGACUCCGGGCUAUAUGGAUCUGGCUUUGUCAUAACAUAGAAUAUGAUGUAAAUGGAUACCUGGGUUUGACUGAGAAGACCUGUUUUCCUGAGGAAGUCAUUGAAACAGGACGAGGAGUUUGCUGUGGAUACUCCAGCAUAUGCUUAGAAAUGUGCAAGGAGGUUGGUAUUGAGUGCAGGGAGAUAGGAGGCCAUGGGAAAGGUGCAGGGUUCAAACAGGGUCAGAGCUACAAGGACAUCAAGGCGAAUCACACUUGGAAUGCAGUGCAUCUGGAGGGUCACUGGUACCUGCUGGAUGCCUGUUGGGGGGCUGGGAGAGUUGACUUGGACAAGAGGGCCUUCAUUAAAAGGUACAAUGAAUUGUAUUUUCUGACCAAUCCAGAAGACUUCAUCAAUUCACACUUUCCUGAUGAGGAAGAGUGGCAACUGCUGAAGAACCCCAUCACACUGGAGGAGUUUGAGAAAAGGGUGUUUAAAACUUCAGAAUUCUACAGAUUUGGGUUGACAUUGAUUCACCCCAAACAGUUCUUACUUAUUACAGAGGAUGGUGAGGCUUCCAUAUCAGUGGGCUUUUCUCAGCCUGUGGACUUCACAUAUCAGAUCUUCCAGCAUGGUGGUCAUGAUGAAAAAGAGCUCAGCAGCUCUAUGGGUCUGCUUACUGUCAACCAGAACAGCAUAAACCUCAGUCUAAUCCCCUCGACCUCGGGCACAUUUAACAUCAUGUUGUUUGCACGACCUGGUAACACAUCUAAAAAGUUCAGCUGGGUGUGUUCCUUUAUGUUGGAGUGUGAUCAGCCCAAACCUUCAGACAAACUCCCAGAGAACCCUUACUUGUUUUGGGGAAUGCACCAAAAUGCUGAGGAGCUGGGAUUGAAGCCUUGUGUGUAUGGACAAGAAGCAGUUAUUUUGCAAUCUGGAUCAUUUAAACUGGUGCUAGAGACUACCAGGCCACUUAUGAUGCUGUGUGAGCUAAGCCAUAUGGAUAUUGAUGAGAAUCUGGUUAGUAGAUGUCUUGCCACUCAAACUGAGGCAGAUAAACUUACCUGUAACAUUCUAUGCCCUUACACUGGUUAUUACAGACUGUCAGUAUUUGUUCAGGACUAUGAGAGCACUAACAACAGCUGUCAGAAUGCUGGUAACUUUCUGCUUCACUGUAUCAGCAACCCAAUCAACUUAAAUCAGCUUUAUCCUUCUGAUCUCUGCAACUUUUGUGGACCGGGAAUCAGGACUACUGAGGUCGGACUGUCAAAGUUCAGUCACACAGGGGCAAUAGUGUGCACACAGCGAGGAAAGUGCAACAUUACUUUUCAGAACCAUCAGAACUUAGACCUGUAUGCUAUUUUAACUACAGAGCAGUGGAAGCAGCCCAAACACCCCCUGUCUCGAUACACCUUCUUCACCUAUAACAACAGUAAGGUCACUCUUAGCAUAGCAUUACCUGAGCCAGGGGUUUACAAACUACGUCUGUGCGGCAAGACUCCACCCAGCCAAGAGUUUACAUUACUGUGUGAUUACAUUCUUCAGAAUAGUUCAGUGCAAGCCUGGCCCCCAUUCCCUUUCACCUACACAGCAUGGACAAAGAACCAUGUGCUGUUCGAGCCACAUUCAGGCGUUCUGGAGCCGCAAUGCUGGGUUCAAUUUCGAGUUCGUGUUCCUGGAGCCCAGAGAGUCUGCGUGCAGAGUGAAAACAUAAUGGACCUGCAACUUAAUAAGAGUUGCAUUUGGGAAGGGGAAGUGUUCACAGGGAAUGCGAAACAGCUCCAACUUGCUGCCAGCCAGGAGGAAAGCACAAAUCUGAUGGCCAUCCUGAUGUGCUUCGAUGUGCAAGAGCCGCAGAAUAAAAUAUAAAAGAAAACAUUGGCAGUUGUAGCCUAGUGGUUAAGGUACUGGACUAGUAAUCAGAAGGUUGCUGGUUCAGUCCCCACCACUGCCAGGUUGGCACUGUUGGGCCAUUGAGCAAGGCCCUUAACCCUCAAAUGCUUAGACAAUAUAUACUGUAAGUCGCUUUGGAUUAAAGCAUCUGCUAAAUGACAAAAAUGUAAAUGUAAAACACUGGUGCAAAGUCUAGUGCACAAUACCAUAUCAUGGCCAAGAGCUUCAAGUAAUCAUUUGAUUUUGAUCAAUACUAGUAACACUCUAAAUACAACAAAUGACUUUGUCCCAAACUACUAUUAAGUAUUAAACACUAAAUCAGAACACAGCAAAAUAUAACAAAUGGAAUGU